AUGUCAUCAACGCGAAGUGAAAGCAAUAGUACGCAAUGUUCGUACGGGCACGUGACGCCAGGCUGGGAGCAAGUGCAUUCUGUUUUCGAACAGAAUUUGUCUGAUGGGCUCGAUGUUGGUGCAAGUUUAUGUAUUUAUCAUCAAGGAAAAUGUGUUGUGGAAUUGAGCGGCGGCUGGAAAGAUGGAGAAACAAGAAAAGAACCUUACACGUUAGAUACAUUACAAUUGGUUUUCUCAACAUCGAAAGGUAUUCUUGCAGCAGCUAUUGCCUUGUGUGUAGAAAGAAAUUGGCUUGAUUACAAUGCACCUGUUGCUAAAUAUUGGCCGGAAUUCGCUGCUAAUGAAAAAGAAAACAUUACUAUCGGUGAGAUAUUAGCACAUCGAGCUGGCCUAUCAUUUGUUGAUGAGAAACUUACAAUUGAUGAUGCAUUUAACUGGUCUCGUAUGACUUCUUUGUUAGCUGCACAGAAACCUCAUUGGGAGCCAGGAACAGCGCAUAGCUAUCAUGCUCAUACAGUUGGUUAUCUUGGAGGAGAAUUGAUCCGGCGAGUUGAUCCACAUCAUCGAACGUACGGUCAGUUUGUUCGUGAUGAAUUAGACAGUGAAUUUUAUGUCGGUAUACCAGAUGCUACCAUUGAAGCACGAAUUUCACCUCUUAUUCGUAAAGUGGUUAAUACUACCAAUGUCCGUCCAUCAGAUCCAACAUACAAUAAGGGAUUAUCAUGCAGUGAUGCAUUUCCAUUAGGACAACCAAAAAUGAUCUAUAAUGAAAUUGCUUGCCAUCAAGCAGAGUUGCCUGCUGUUAAUGGAAUAACCAAAGCCCGAUCAUUGGCUCGGAUUUAUGCUUUACUUCUUGGUGACGUUAACGAAAAUGGAAAGAUUAGAAAGGGUUUAAUAAGCGAAAAGACAUUGUGUGAAGCAACAGAAAACGUUACACCGGUCGGCGAAUCUGAUUUAUACUGUAGUAAUAUGCCAACAAGCUUUGCUAAGGGUGGCUUUCAGCUAUUCGGCGAAUGUUUUCCCAUAUUUAGCGAUGGAGCUUUUGGUUUUACUGGCUAUGGUGGGAGUUGUGCAUUUGCAUACCCUUCCUAUCAAUUAUCGUAUGGUUUUGCUUGUAAUUAUCUCGAUCCAUCUCAUCUUCAUGUCGAUGUUCGAAAUCUUCGCGUAAUUCAAGCAAUCGAAAACAUUCUUCGUAAUAAGUGA